AUGCAUUUUGGCACUGUUGGUGUUGGUGGUGCGACGGCAUGGUCGGUGGUGGAAAAUGGAGGCGUUGUGGUCUUCAGGUAUCGCAAAUCGAUUGUGUUGUGGCAGUUCUAUUCCAUCGUUAUGGGUUCCAAUCAAUUUAGUCUAAGUAACAUCGCUUGCCACCAUGAUCCAAGCCACCAUCGCUCUCCACCACCGAUUGUCCCUACAGCACUACCUCUGAUUGUACCGCAUGUGGCCCGCUUGGACCCUCGAGUUCAGGCUCUCCAUCAUGAGGUAAUGGAGAUCGGUGGUGAAGCCCGGAACGUGACGAUGCAAAUUCAACACAUCCAUGAGGAACAAGAACACCAUACAGAUGCCAUGCUGAACCUACAAGCAGAGCAGGAGAACAUUACAGACCGCCUACACUCUUUAGAGGAGGAGAUGGCCACUGAAGCUGAAGCUAGGGCAGUGACAGUGGAACAAAGAGCGGAGGAUGCUACUCGUGAGAUGUGUGAGAUGGCAGGGCACCAUGUUCGUCAUUUUGGUGUAUGA